CCUUACUCCUCUCGUCUCCUCCGAAUUUCGAAUACAGUUAGUUCCCUGCACAAGCUAUUCUUCAAUAACCACGACACAACACAACACGCUGCUUUUUCAGGAAAAUGAGUAAAUCAGCAUUGCCCCUGCAAUGUGUGCGUGGGUCGGAGAAGCAGGUGAUCAAGAAGGAAGCUUUGGUUAAGCUUCUGCGGUGGCAUUUUGGUCAUUCUGAUUUCCGAGGGAACCAGUUGGAAGCCAUUCAAGCUGUUCUAUCAGGUAGAGAUUGCUUUUGUCUGAUGCCGACUGGCGGAGGAAAGUCACUUUGUUAUCAGAUCCCUGCCCUUGCAAAGCCAGGGAUUGUGCUUGUUGUUAGUCCAUUGACAGCCCUUAUGGAGAAUCAAGUGAUGGCUCUGAAAGAAAAAGGGAUUGCUGUUGAAUAUCUCUCUUCAACUCAGACUGUCAAAGUCAAGAAUAAGAUCUAUGAAAACCUUGAAUCUGGAAAGCCAUCUUUGCAACUAUUGUAUGUUACACCAGAACUGAUUGCCACAUCAGGAUUUAUGUCAAAGUUGAUGAAGAUUCAUGGCAGAGGAUUGCUAAAUCUUAUAGCAAUUGAUGAGGCACAUUGCGUAUCAACAUGGGGCCAUGAUUUCAGGCCAAGCUACAGAAAGCUUUCUUCUCUGAGGAAUAAUUUGCCUGGCAUACCAGUUCUAGCAUUGACAGCAACAGCUGUUCCCAAGGUUCAGGAGGACGUGAUAAAGUCCUUGUCUUUGCAAAAACCUCUUGUUCUGAAGUCAUCAUUCAAUCGUCCAAAUAUUUAUUAUGAAGUUCGCUAUAAAGAUCUGAUGGAUGAUCCAUAUUCUGAUAUUUGCAAUUAUCUGAAAUCAUGUGGAAAUGUUUGUGCAAUUGUUUAUUGCCUUGAGCGGACAGCUUGUGAUGAUCUGGCAGUCCACCUAUCUGCACAAGGAAUUCCUUGUUCUGCAUAUCACGCAGGAUUGAACAGUAAUGUCCGGAGUUCUGUCUUGGAUGACUGGAUCUCCUCUAGAACACAAGUAGUUGUGGCUACUGUAGCUUUUGGGUAUGCUCUUCUCACUUUCUUUCCACCCUUUUUUACCUUUUAUAUGUGUGUAUUUGGUUUCCUUUCAAAAUUAUUUGUUAUUUACCAUUUUACUGUUAUACACUCUCUCUUUCCCACUAACAAUUAGGGAUGUCAAUGUAACCCGAACCCGCGGGCCGGCCCGAAUAACCCGAUAAAAAUACAGGGUUAGGGUUGUAAUUUCGCAGCCCGAAUUUAAAAUCGGGCCAUUCGGGCUGACCCG